CGUUCAGUGAGCGCGAUUGUGUUGAGGUUCCUGUUUGCUUGUUAACGCAAGUUAUCAAGUUGGUUCAAGUUCACAGAGUCAAAGCACAUCAUCAGGAUUGUCAAUCCAUAACAUUGGUAGCGUAAGGUUUGGUUUUUGUUUGAAAUAAUUACGGAUUACGACAAUUUGUUUUGAUCGCAAAGGAACUUGAAAGGUAACCUCUGGACACUGCAUGCAAUCGGAUGUAGAAAGGAUAAGAAGGUCUCCUGGAGAUGGUCCUCUUGGAAGUUCAGGCUUGGCAGUCAUGCUUGACAACUUCAGAAGGAGUUUCGAUGAGGAAACGCCUGAAGACAAGACGAUGAGGGAAGUUACGACGGUACCUUCUACCUCAGAAGAGGAUCCGAACGGAAAUCGGCGAGACGUCGCGGGAUUUUCGAGGAUUAAUAUACCUUCUUAUCUCCGGCAGUUUGAAGAAUUGGUCGCUGCAAACAAGAAGUUGCGAGAAGAAUUGCAACUCGCAAUGGACAUGCAAGUAAAGAAGUGAUGUUUCGUAAGGAAAGAGAGCUCGUCGAGACAAAACAGGAAAUCUCUGUCCUUAGGGAAGAAAAUAAAAAA